UUCUUUCAACAGCAACAACAGUUAGUCAGCCACCUCGGUAGCUUGCUAGCCAAAAUAGCUUAACCAAUAAAGCUCUUUAGACGCUUUCGUGUAUAUUAGCCACUGUGUUUUAAACCCACUUCUGUCGUCCAGUGAGUUAUCCGAUUAAAUUUCAUAUUUACAUUGUUGUUGUUAUUAGUCAGCUAACGGGCUGGUUAAGUUAGCAUUAGCCUAGCUAACUAACAUCUCCGACAAUGAGUUCACCAAACUACUCUCCUCCUGCUAAAGAAGAGGAGAUCUACUGGACGGAGAAAGAACCUCUCGUGAAAGAGGAGGAGGAGGAGGAGGCUGUUACAGUGAAAGAAGAAGAGAAAGACGUUUCAGUGAAAGAAGAGGAAGACGCGUUCAGAGGGAAAGAGGAGGAGGAUGUUACAGUAAAAGAAGAAGAGAAAGAGAAAGAGGAGGAUGCUGUUUUUGGAGUGAAAGAGGAGGAGGGGGAGAUGACUGUUACAUCGAAGAAGGAGGAGGAAGAAGAGGAGGAAACUGGAUAUCUGGGCCCCGUUUCCCAAAGUUAUCUUAAGGCAUCCAAUGGUUCUAAUGAUGAACUUAGCCGUAAGAUGGUUUUGGGAAACCGGGCGCUGAUUAAUACUAGAUCAAUGUCCCGAAAUCUGGACAGUUGCUGCUCUGAAGGAGAGAGACGGGACUAUCGUGGAUCCUCUGGGGAGCCUCAACAACAUCAUGAAGCUGACGAGGCAGAGAAGAGUCUCUCCACAUCAGAACACCUCAAGAAACACCUGCGGAAACCCACAGGGAAGAAAUCUCACCACUGCUCUGACUGUGGGAAGAGUUAUUUAAGAUCAGAUUCACUAAAAAUACACCAGAGAAUACAAACUGGAGAGAAAUCUUACAGCUGUGAUCAGUGUGGGAAGAGUUUUACUUCAUCUAGCCAUCUGACUAUACACCAGAGAACACACACAGGAGAGAAACAUUAUAGCUGUGAUCAUUGUGGGAAGGGUUUUGUUACAUCUAGCCGUCUGACCAUACACCAGAGAACACACACAGGAGAGAGACCUUACCAGUGCUCUGACUGUGGAAAGAGUUUUGUUAUCUCAGGAAAUUUAACAUCACACCAGAGAACACACACAGGAGAGAAGCCUUAUAGCUGUAAUCAAUGUGGGAAGAAUUUUUCUCACUCAGGCAACCUGAUAGCACACCUGAAAAUACACACUGGAGAGAAACCUCAUUGCUGCGCUGACUGUGGGAAGAGAUUCAUCUUUUUAGCAGAUCUUAAAAUACAUCAGAGAAUCCAUACAGGAGAAAAACCUUACCACUGCUCUAACUGUGGAAAGAGUUUUGUUUCCUCAAGACAUUUAAAAUCACACCAGAGAACACACACAGGAGAGAAGCCUUAUAGCUGUGAUCAAUGUGAGAAGAGUUUUGUUACAUCUAGCAGCCUGAAAACACACCAGAGGACACACACAGGAGAGAAACCUUAUAGCUGUGAUCAAUGUGGGAAGAGUUUUGUUACAUCUAGCAGUCUUACUAUGCACCAGCGGACACACACAGGAGAGAAACCUUAUAGCUGUAGUCAAUGUGACAUGAGAUACUCUGCAAAAAGAUCUCUGAUUAAACAUCAGAAAAUACUAGCUAACAUCCCGACCAUGAGUUUACUAAGCCACUCUCCCCCUGCUAAAGAAGAGGUCUUCUGGACGGAGAAAGGAACUAUAGUGAAAGAGGAGAAGGAAGAGGAGGCUGUUACCGUCAAAAAAGAAGUUAAAGGUGAGGCUGUUACGGUGAAAGAAGAGGAAGACGCGUUCAAUUUGAAAGAGGAGGCUGUUUCAGUGAAAGAAGAUGAAGACGUUUUCAGAGUGAAAGAGGAUGAUGUUGCUGUCACAGUGAAAGAAGAGGAAGACGUUUUUGGCGUGAAGGGGAUAACUGUCACAUUGGAGGAGGAAGAAGCAGAAAAUACUGGAGAUCUGAUUAACUCCAGAGAGAGACCAGACUCUCACUCUGACAGACGGAAGCGUCCUUCAGGGGAACACGACCCUGAGACGUCCAAUCCAGUGAGACAACACCACUGCUCCCAGUGUAAUAAGAGUUUUAAGUGGUUAUGGAAGCUGAAAGAGCAUGAUAGAACACACACAGGAGAAAAGCCCUUCCAAUGCUUCCAGUGUGGAAAAAGUUAUACCCAAUUAGUGAGCCUGAAAAGGCAUAAAGGAAUACACUCAGGAGAAAAGGCUUAUCACUGCUCUCAGUGUGGAAAGAGUUUUACCCAGUUAGGGAACCUGAACAAACAUAAGAGAAUACACUCUGGAGAGAAGCCUUACCCUUGUUCCCAUUGUGGAAAGAACUUUAGGUUGUCAGAUAAUCGGAAGGAGCAUGAGAGGACACACACAGGAGACAUACCUUACCAUUGCUCCAUCUGUAGAAAGGGUUUUACCAAGUUAAGGAACCUAAAAGAGCAUGAGAGGAAACACACAGGAGAAAAGCCUUUCCGAUGCUCCCAGUGUGGAAAGAGUUUUUCCCAUUUAGGGAACCUGAACAAACAUAAGAGAAUACACUCUGGAGAUAAGCCUUACCACUGUUCCCAUUGUGGAAAGAAUUUCAGGUUGUCGGAUAACUUAAAGGAGCAUGAGAGGACACACACAGGGGAGAAAACUUGCCAUUGCUCCCAGUGUGGAAAGAGUUUUUCUAAUUUAGGGAACCUGAACAAACAUAAGAGAAUACACUCUGGAGAGAAGCCUUACCAUUGUUCCCAGUGUGGAAAGAGUUUUACCCAGUUAGGGAGCCUGAAAAGGCAUGAGAACAUACACACACAGGGGAAGAUAAGCUCACAGUUUGGAAAGCGUUUUAGUGAGGGAACCUAAUUGUGGAAAGACAUUUUCCCAGACAAAGGACCUGAAAUCAUAUGAUAGAAUAGACAGGCUGUGUUCUGAUGAGUCACUGUGUUCUGAUUGAUGUUUGACUGUUGUUUUAUGCUACAUUAAAUCAUGUUGUUUAUAUGAAAUCUUACUCAAAAUUAGGCCCAUUUUUUAUUUAUUUUUUCUCUAGAGACAUGAUCAUGUCUAAAAUCAGAUUACAAUUAAAACAUUUCUCUUUUUUUAUUAUUAUGGAUUUGGACUGAUUGAAUUCAUCUAUAAAGAUGUUCUUUAUAUGAUUUUGAUAUUUUACAAUAUAAAUUAUUAAACGGAUGAAUAAUGGGUCCCUAAGCAACCAUUUUAAAUGUAAACAGGUUCUCCAGCACAAAAUGGGUAUCGGCCAAUUAAAAUAGUUCAUUUACUUGCAUGUUCUGACUGACAAGUUGUGUUAUACACCUUCCGGCCAUCCAUUCACCCACUCAGACGAGCUCAUUUCUGUAAGUACAAUGAAGGCAGUUGACAGAACACUAAAUUGUACAUGUUGUAACAAUCUCAUAUUUUUUCCCCCUCAAAGCACAUGGAUGUGUCAAACAGAAACAAUAACAUGGGAUUUUGUCAUACUGUAUAUGCAAAAACAUGAAAAUGUUGUCUAAUGUUAGUAGUAGCUAGUAGUCUAGUCAAGGAAGCAUCAAUGCAAUAUUGGUACACAACAUUAUGUUACAGACCAAUGAAUUUGUAGGUUUAAAAUAUCCCUCUAGUAGCCAAAGUUUACCUAUUUUAAAAAAUGCCAUUGGUUGGUCAACGUAAAGUCUAAAGUCUUUGAUAGGCUGAUGAAGAAUUUGUUCAGGUGAGCAUAGGGCGUCAUAGCAUCGUGUGCUAGGUUAUCCAGUGGUACCAGCUACAAUUUAGCUUUCUGUCAACUGCAAGUACAUUUUUUUUUUAAUUGUGCCGACGAACCUGUUUCAAUUGUAAUGGUUUCUUAUGUUCGCAACUAUGGACUCGGUGUAUUUCUUGACUCUAACCUCAUGAAUUUAGUCUUUUGGUUUAAUUUAAUUAAUUUGUGUACUAGGACUCUAUUCAGUCUGUACAGCUGAAGUGUUACAGAUUCCGCUAUAGAAAUGUAAAGGUCAUUUCGGAUUGAGCCGACAUAUGCAGGGUUUACCUUGAAUGCAGUCUCCACUAAAGCGGUAACACUGCCUUUAAAUUUCAAUAACGCUGCAAAGCUGAACUUCCGCGAUGCGAAUUGAAUAGAGCCCUCAGUCUUCAAGCUAAGAAAACACAGAGUGCAGAUUGUAUUUUUUUUUGCAACAUGUUAUCUGAAUAAAAAUGUAAAUGAAUAUUUUUAACUGUG